GUCAAAGCAUGUCAUAAACUACACACAAGGCCUUCCGUUAGCUCUUGUAGUUGUGGGAUCAUUUUUGUGUGACAGAAGUGUUGACAAAUGGAAAAGCGCCUUGGAUAGGCUAAAAGAACAUCCUGAUGAAGAAAUUUUGAGAGUACUUAGAAUAAGUUACGAUGGACUAAAGAUCACAGAAAAGCAAAUAUUCUUAGAUAUAGCUUGCUUCUUGAAAGGGAAGGAUAAAGGUUGAGUAAUGGAAAUACUAGAUGCUUGUGGGUUUUACCCUAAUAUUGGAAUAUCAGUACUUAUUGAAAAAUCACUAAUAGCUAUAUCAGAUGAUAAGUUCUGGAUGCAUGAUCUGCUACAAGUCAUGGGCUGGGAAAUUGUUCGUGAAAAGCUCCCUCAUAAGCCUGGCAAAUGGAGCAGAUUAUGGUUAUGUAAGGAUAUUUAUCGUGUUCUAGAAGAAAAAACGGGAACACAUGCUGUUGAAUGUAUAAUCCUUGACCAGCCAAAGGAGGGAAUUACAUACUUGAAUGGAAAAUCCUUUUCAAACAUGGGCAAUCUGAGACUACUCCAAAUUACUAGCUUUCAACUUUCUGAGAACCUUGAAUACCUAUCUAAUGAGUUGCGAAUUCUAGAUUGGCAUGGUUACCCUUCAAAUACUUUUCCUCCAAGCUUCCACCCAGAGAACCUUUUUGAACUGAAUAUAUGUUACAGCCACAUUGAAUAUCUUUGGGAUGGCACAAAGUCUUUUGGGAAGUUGAAAGCCAUUGAUCUCAGUCACUCCUGCAAGCUUAUCAGAACUCCAGAUUUUAUGAAGGUUCCAAACCUUGAGCGACUCAAUCUUGAAGGUUGUACAAGAUUGCUCGAGGUUCACCCAUCUGUUGGAGUUCUCAAAAGGUUGAUUGUAUUGAACUUGAAACAUUGUAAAAACCUUGUGAGCUUUCCUAGCGAUGUCUACGGUUUGAAAUCUCUGAAGAUUCUUAAUCUUUAUGGCUGCUCAAAACUAGAUAAAUUGCCCCAAAAUUUGGGGGAAGUCAAGUGUUUGGAGGAGCUAGAUGCAAGUGGGACUUCAAUAAGACAAGUACCAUCCUCCCUUGUAUGCUUGAGGAGCCUUGAAACAUUAGCUCUACGUGGAUGCAUAGACUCCAUGUGUUUGAUAAUGCCUCAUCUAACAGUUUUCUCCUCUCUAAAAGUAUUAGAUCUUGGUGAUUGCAAUAUCUUGGAAGGAGCAAUCCCUAAUGAUAUUGGCUCCUUAUCCUUGUUAGAAGAAUUAAAUUUAAGCAGAAGCAAUAUUGUUAGUCUACCGGAAAGCAUGAAGCAACUUUUGAAACUUAGAAUUUGUUGA